ACACACACACACACACACACACACACAGAGUCAGGCGUGCGUGCACAUCAGUUUGCACAUGUGCAUGAAUGAAUGCAUACAUUUGUGCUGCAGUGUAUUAUAUUGUGUCUCAGCUUCAGCACUGAGUGAGCUGAGUGUGUCUGCUCUGUGGAGAUGUGUCCGUGUGCGAUUCUGCUGUGCUUCCCACUCGGUUUACCGCCUCAGCAGAUGAAACACCCCAUCGCCUCCCCGUCACCUCCCCGCCCCUGCGCCCGAACCAUCCGCAGACCGAGCCGAGGUUUGGAUGUGAGACCGGUUCUCCUGCAUUCGUGUGAGGUCACAGGUUAAUUUGAAAAACACACGGCCGUCACAUCUGAAACUGGAGCACACCGUGAAGUCAGCUUGUCUUUGUCCUGAGUGUCGCUGACACUACUGACUGACACAUCCUGUGUGUGAAAAAUAAUACAAACACUCAGUGAGGAGCACAGUGCUCCACAGAGCAGCACUCACAGAGGGGACAGGAACAUUCAUAUGAUUGUUUUAUAGCAGAGACAGCUGAGGAAACGAGAUACAGGGAGAGACAAUAAAGAUGAUCAGAGGGAGAAGUAGAACUGCAGGCAGACAGGCAGACCACAGCUGUCCAGGUAAGACAGGACGAAGGACCCCAGCCGAGAGAAGAGACGGCAAACAGGAAGCUGGAUGCUGCAAAUACACAAAUCUAAACACUAACACAGAAACCACCAAAGACUUCAUUUAAAAUAAAUGUAUGUCGCUGUCACUGUGGUGCUUUUUGAGGUUGUGAUUUUCUUUUUAGUUCUUCCUGUUUGAAAUGUUUUAUUUCUAUUAGUUAGCAUUAGCUAUUCUUUGCUCUGAUUGGAUGUUUAGUUAUAUUUGUUUCCAUGUUGUCUCAGCUCGCCGUCUCCCCGUCAUGUUCACCCAUGUACGCCCAUCGUGUCUCGUUCCCUCUUCCCUUGUCCCCUGUGUUGUAUCCUCCCUUCCUCUCUCAUGCUUCCUCCCUCCUUCUGUCUUUCGUACCAAGCUUGUGUGUCCCGGUUUAUAUCUCUCCGUGUUUCCUGUUUUAUUUUGAAAGUCUUGUGUUUUCAUGUCCAGUGUGUUUCCUUUUGCUUCCCCUGUGGUGUUCAUCUGUGUCAGCUGUGUUUCCACUUGGCUGUGUAUUGAAGUCCUCUGUCUGCCUCCGUUCAGCGUCAGGUCUCCUGUUUCCUGGACUUCAUCUCAUGUUUUCAAGUUUCGUUUUUUCCGGGUUCAUGCUCACGUUCACGUUUUUUCAUGUCUAGCUUUAGCUUCACCAGUUUAGGUCAUAGUUUAGUUCUCACCAUUGUUUCUCCUCCCUACAUUUUUCUGACAGCUAUGAUAAAGGAUCGCUUUUUGUUAAACUUCAGUUUGGGUCCACAAACACAGCGGCCAUCCCAGCCGUAACACGAAGUGAUUAAACAGCAGCCAUCCAAGAGAGCAUCAGAGCUCUGCGUGCACGUUUCAGACAGCAGACAGGUCGAUAUGUUUGAAAUGUAUGAUUAGGAAUAGACUGGGGUGAUCGUUUUAUUCUAAAUUAUAAUAUAUAAAGGUUUAUGUGGCUGAUUGUCUUUAUUGGGGCGUGUGGAGACACCCCUGUGGAUCGUGGGCGUGGCUUAUCUGGUAUAAUUAGCAGUCAGAGAGCCCUUUGGUUUGCUGUGCUUCACAGCUGCCGUGUAAGCUGGCGAGCUGAAGCUUCGAUAAAUAAAAAUAUGAACUCGUCUCUGCCUGCGUGAGUCUUGCUGCUCGAUGGUCGUUCCUUACAUACACGUUCAGUAUGAGACGGAGAAAGACAUGAUAUGUGACAUAACGAGCUCCACAAAGCCUCGUUUUAUCUCAGAUACAUAUCCAGAUAUGUAUGUCAGUAUGAAUUGGCCGGCAGAAAUCAAACACCACAUGUUUUUGAAUCAGUGAGCAAAUCAGAGUCGUGGGCGGCUGCAGAGAGAGUACAACUGCACAUUUACAUAGAAGCAGUGACUGUUAACACUGAAUCAGCUUCACGGGGACAAAUGAAGACGACCGAGGACGGCAGAGCUGUGUUUACACUGUCACCUCAUAAUGACUGCUGAACGGAGAGCACGAGGAGGUCGGGCCGUUUGAAAUGCAAAUGUAGCGCGAUGGAAGCCGGCUGACGAACGGAGCUCUGAUUAGAGAACGCUCAACGCUCCAACCUUUUUAUUUCCUGGUUUCAGCGCCGUCUAAUAGAAGCUGCCUCCUCUGAUUUCCUUUAUGUCACUGUGCAACACACACACACAGAAACGCAAACAAUCAAACAGGGAAACUGAAAUCCAAGCAGACACACGGGAAACUGUACAUUCAGCACAAUCCCACAGCAUGCUUCCCCUCAGAGUUCAGUGUGUGCCAGCGGCAUGAAUAAUGCACGUUAAUGUUGUGCACCUCGCUCUUCAAUGAAUAAUGAACAUAUAUCCAUUUCUCCUCCCUCUUUCUUUCCAUCUUACUGUCGGUCCAUUUCUCAGAGAUGCCAGCUGGAGAGAUGAGCUGUCUGAGGAUGAAGGAAUGAGAAGGAAGGAAGACGAAAAGGAGAGGAACCUCAGCCAGAGGAGACGAGAAGGAGAGAGGAGGAUGUUGGGAGUUUUGUGAAAGAGGACAGGCGAAGAAAAGGUUCAGUUUUUUUACUUUCAAGUGGAAAAGUCCAAGAAAAGACAGACAGACUGUCAGUGACAGAAGCUGAACGAGUGAAGGAGGAAACAUCUGGAUGGUCUCCAGUGUUGCGGCCUUCAAAGAUGGCCUCCAACUUCAAUGACAUCGUCAAGCAGGGCUACGUACGCAUGCGCAGCCGCAAGCUGGGGAUCUAUCGGCGUUGCUGGCUGGUGUUCAAGAAAUCUUCCAGCAAAGGACCUCGUCGUCUGGAGAAAUACCCCGACGAGAAGGCUGCUUACAUCAGAGCAUGUCCUAAAGUGACAGAGAUCAGCAAUGUGAAGAACAUCACACGACUGCCACGUGACACCAAGCGACAGGCGGUGGCCAUUGUGUUCACAGACGACACCUCACGCACCUUCACCUGUGAAUCAGAGCUGGAGGCUGAGGAUUGGUUCAAGACGCUGUCGAUCGAGUGUUUGGGGAUGCGACUUAAUGACAUCAGCAUGGGCGAGCCAGACCUGCUGGCUGCUGGAGUGCAGUGUGAACACACAGAGCGCUUCAACGUCUUCCUCCUCCCCUGCCCCAACCUGGACAUCUACGGCGAGUGCAUGAUGCAGAUCACCCACGAGAACAUCUACCUGUGGGACAUCCACAACCCUCGCACCAAGCUGGUCACCUGGCCGCUCUGCUCGCUGCGGCGCUACGGACGCGACGCCACCCGCUUCACCUUCGAGGCUGGACGGAUGUGUGACAGCGGCGAGGGACUCUACACCUUCCAGACCAGAGAGGGGGAGCAGAUCUACCAGAGGGUCCACUCGUCCACGCUAGCCAUCGCUGAGCAGCACAAGAAGGUCCUGCUGGAGAUGGAGAAGAACAGCAGGCUGCUGUCGAAGGGCUCAGAGUCUGGCUCGUACCCCUGCACCCCCACCGCCAUCCUGCCCCGAUCCGCCUACUGGCACCACAUCACUGGAAACCAGACCGGCAUGGAUCCCGGCAGCGGUGACGCCGCGGAAGACGAGCUGCUGUCCACCCGCCUGCCUCCCGACCGCCACGCGACGCUGCCCCUGGCAAACACACACACGCAGUCUCAGCCACACAUACACACACACUCCCCGACACACUACCCCACCUUCCCCGGACAGUGACACACA